AUGGCUUCGCACGGCGACAAUUCCUCCUCCUCCGGCAGGGGUGGCAAAGGCGACAAGAAGGGCAAGAAGCCGGCUACUGGUUUCGCACUAGGACCUCAAUCUCCGAUGGCUGCUGCAAGCUGGCGUUCGGGCUGGGAGCCCACACCACCAGCCGCUCCAGCUGGAGCUUCUUCUACGGAGCCCAACGACACUGCCAUGCUAGGGACGAACGACAGCACAAAGCCUCCCGCCACGGUCGAAGAGAUCACCAGGGGCUUUGAGAGCGUGCAAACUACAAGCGACAAGCCCAAGGUGGAUGACGUCGGCAACGACGGGAUGGGAAUUCCCAACACCGACAAUCUCUACAGCAGCGAUGAGGAGAUGGACCCACCCAGACCGCAAGACCGCGAACGCGCCAAAGAGGAUUCCAAAGAGGAAGCAGAGGGCAAAGUUGCUGACGAGGUCAACCGCGAGCAGCUCAAGCCUUUGCGAAAAGGCCAGCAAGUCUACAAGGCUAGCAAGCUUCCCGGUCAAGCAAAGGAGUUUCUCAACAACAGUCAGCUCUACCCACCACACACGGAUGCAGUCCACGGCGUCUACCGCGGUCAAUCCCAGCCGACCUUCGAGGAGACAAACACCAAGGAGGGCGCUAACAUCGUGAAGGAGAUGACGAAUGUCAUGAGUGUUCUCGACAGCAAAGGCAACCAGAUCGCUGCCUUGGGUGCUUUCAGCGACGAAUCCGUCACCGGAGGCAACAAGGACUCCACGAAGCAGAACUGCCUGAAAGUCAACUACUUCUGCCACAGUCAGGUGCCCCACGUCAAGCUGACUAUCGACCGCGCGAAGGGAAUGCAGCAGAAGACUGCGGACAAGGUCAAGGUCUACAUCACAGCCAACAACCUCAUGCGCCGUGUCGGUAACACUACUGGACAGCGGGAUGCAUCCAUCGUCUGCAAGGUCAUUCGGGAUCCAAAGGAGAUGAAGGACCUUCAGCAUCCCGGUGCCAGAGCUGAGCAAGACGAUGACAACGCUAUCUGGCAGACGGAAGUAUCAGUCGCGGCCUCGCAGGCGGCGGCUCCAUAUGGAGCGACGUUCAUGAGGCCUGUCAUGACUGGUAUCACCGAGGAAGAGAUUGUUGAUCUUCGUCGGCGCGCAGAGCAAGUUGUCCGGGAAACCAACAAGGAAUUCGACCAUCACGCGCUCACGCCGGCCGAAUGGAUGAUCUGGGGCUUGUUGAAGUACAACAACUUCCACUUCAUGCGCCGCUGGUACCGGAGGGAAGCAGAGUUGCAGGUCGCCGACAAGUUCGCAAAAUACUUCAUGGGCGCCAUGAUUGACUGCGCUACGACCGGCAACUGGCCUCACUACGUCCGCCAGGCUGCGAUGCAAGGCACGACAAUCUCGAGCCCCAACUUCAGGAUUGGUCAAACGGUCCCGCCGCGAGACAUCGUCGACAAGUGGCGAGUAACGGUCAAUGAGAAGGGGGAGGUCUCAGGUGUCGAAGCGGAGCACUGGAAGACCUUCCCGACGGUUGGGCACUACCCAAUGGUUGUUGACAGGACCUUUGCGUUGCGCCUUGCUAUUGAGCGGACCCGCGAGUACCAGAGCGCCGCACUACAAGAGCAGCUCGACAAGAACAUUGGUGCCAUCGACGCCAACGUCACGAGCCUCGCGGACCGCCGUCCGGGUGCAUACUAUGUCACCUUGCACAUGGACAGAGUAGAAGGCGGCUUGUUCGGCGACAAGUUCAUCAAGCGCCCAGCCAUCGACACUCAGGUCAAGGUGAUUUUCACUGAUGAUGAUCUGGGGAAAAGCGGCGUCGAGAUUACGGGCAAGGUUACGGAUGAUCUGUUUGGGUACAACGCGGAUCUCAACGUUAUCGGCUUCAGCAACAGGACGGACAUCAAGACCGCCAGCUACAAGUGUAGUCUAGAGCUUCUCAGCGACGGAACCGCAGUCGAUCGUCAACUGGCAGCAGUUGUCGAGCUCAACAACAACGGCGGCCGUACCGACGGUGUCGACUUGCCCCAUGUCUUACUUGGAGCGCCCAGGUCCAUCGACCCGAAGCGGACUGGGUCCAUGGCUGCUGAAAUCGCCGCCAAUCCCGCUGCUCUGAAGGCCUACCGCCAGAUCGGAAGGCAAUUUGGCUUCAGCUCGGACCAGACGAAGGCAGCGGAGAUGGUAGUGGCAUCGCAAUCAGGAUGUGCUACUAUCCAUGGGCCGCCAGGCACCGGCAAGACAUCAAGUAUCGCUGCGACUAUGAUAGCCCAGAUCGUAGCAGGAAGGACCAACGGACUCAAGCGCCGCCGUAUCAUCGCCAUGGCACCCUCAAACAGCGCCGUCGAUACUCUGACCCGCAAGGUGAACGAGGUGUCAAAGCAGUUGGGCAUCAACAUCGAGAUGUGUCGCUUCAAGGGUAACCAUGUGCACAAAGGCCCAACUCGCCCACCUCGCAAGAAUGCAUUCGUGGAGACUGAGCAGCAGACCACUAAUGAUAACGGCGACGACCUUACGGCAUUGUAUGAAGUACUCGACAGAGCUACGGGCAAGUUGAGUCACGACAAGGACCUACAGGAGUUUUACUUCAACAAUGCACGAGCCAGGCACAUCAAGAACAUCGUCGACAUGCGCGGAGCAGGCUACUCGGACAAGGUGUACAGCGAGGCUCUUGCAUACACGGAGAAGAAACGGGCAGUCUGGAAGGAGAAGAACCUGGGUGAGAGGAAGAAGCUUCGCGAAGAGCUCAAAGAGAUGGAAGCGAUCUGGGACGAGCGUUAUAUGGACACCGUCGACCUUCUCCUCUGCACCAACAACUCGGCCGCGCAUGAGACUCCUAUGGAGUAUUACGAGCCGGAUAUUGCGGUGCUGGAUGAGUGUGGGCUCGCAACUUAUGGCGACGCCAUCACUGAAUGUGCUGCGAACAAGAAGUCCGUCAAGCUAGUUAUCGCUACCGGCGACCACAAGCAGCAGACAGCGCCAGAGAUGUCCAAAGGUGUCAACGAAGCCUACAAGGAGACGGUCGCACCCCUUUUCAACUACCUCAUGCGGCCAGAGACGACUGGAGAGGUGAUGCAGCUGACAAUGCACUAUCGCAUGAGAUCUGCCUUUGCCCCUAUGGUUAGCAAGGUCUGCUACGAGAAUACGCUUGUCGCCGCACCUCACUUGAGUGUCAAGACCCCGCUCGAAGUGACGCUGGAGAAUGCGAUGGAGCCUUUGGGAAAGCUCUGGAACGGCCGUCUCCGAGCAGCUAUCCCGGUCAUCGGUCGCAACAGCCACCAUGUCAAAGAGGGAGAGAAGGGCUCGAUCUGCAACCAUGCGGAAGCGGAGGCAAUCGUGAGACACGUCCGUUGGCUCAGCAAAUUGCCAGCCCCGCCGGCUAAGCCUGGGCGUAGCAUUGGUGGCUGUCGUAUACUGCCAAAGAACGUCAAGGUCGUUUCGCCGUACGGAGAACAGGUCAAGUUGAUCCGGAAGCUGCUUGGUGAAGCCGGUCUAUUGACAUGGGGCCGAGACGACGAGGACCCAGGCAGAGUUCAGGUCUGCUCAAGCUUCGAUGUACAAGGCAACGAAGGAGACAUCAUCAUCUCCUCUUGGGUCCGCAACACCCCUGGCCGUCCACUAGACCUCGGCUUCACUAUGGGCUCGAGGCAGUUAUGCGUCAACUUCUCGCGCGUCAAGUUUGCGCAUUUCAGCUUCGGAAGCUGGCUACCAUGGCUGCAGGCAAACCUCGACAACGAGGACAUGUUCAAAGGCAACAGCAAAGGACGCGACUUCGCCAAAGUCAUAACGGACUUCCGUGAGCAUGGCGACGUCAUCUCACAGGAAGCAUUCCAGGAGAUUUAUGCCGGUAGGAAGCCAGACGAGAAGACCAUGGACAUCAAGAAGGCCAUCCGUCCGGCCGGCACUGCGAAGGACUACAGCUACCCUCGUGCUUCGACAUCUGCUCUGCACGCCUCGCAAGGCCAGUUUGGCGUGUACAAGGAGGAGGCAGCGCAGGAAGGGAAGCGCAGGAGGCUGAACCCUCAAGACGCGACGAUGAAGGAUGCUUGA